AUGCUCAAUGCUUCUGAAUAAGCUGCCACAUCUACUUUAAAUGAUAAACUAGAAGAUUUAAAAAAAAUCAUGAAGUAAUACUCAAAAUAUACUUCUGAUUCAUAAUAUGAAUUUGAGUAACAUUUUAAGAAAUAUGGAUCAUUUAAUAAAUAAUACUCCUAAUAGAUUUCAUUAUCAAUUAAUGAUCCAAUAAGUCUAGGUAUUUUAACUUAAUGUAUUUCAAGGAUAAAACUUGAUUGAAUUCAUUUAGUUAUUUGAAUUGAUCUCAAAAACGACACUUUCAUAAUUUUCAGAAUUUUCGACAUUCUUUUCUUAAAGUAUAGAGUAAUAUAAGGAGAAGAUGAAUAUUUUUACCAAAAUAAUAACAGAUGGUAAUUUCUAAUAAUCUCAAUAACUUGCACAACAUAGAUAAAAUUUUAAAAAAGCCAAAGAUAAAUAUGAAAAACUAUGCAAAGAUAUUGAUAUGACAUUGAAUUCUAGUAAGAAAAUCUCUGUUGAUGUUUCAACUGGAUAUGAUCUCAAUCUAUCCUAAAAGAAUGAUUAAAAAUUAAAAGAGCUUGUUAAAUAAGUGGAAAUUGCAGAAUAGUAAUACAAAGAGAUUUUUGAUACUUUAAUUAUUAAAACAAAAGACUUUAAUUAAGCUAUUUAAGAUUCUCGAUAGUAAUUGAUCUAAGCUCAUUAAUUGACCUAUUCAAGAUUUGUUGAAAUUACAAUCAAAUUUGAUUAGCAUAAAUUAGCUGCAAAUUGUUGGAUCAAAAACUAAAUGGUUGAAAAAUAAGAAAAAAUUUUAAUCAUCCAAAAAUAUGAAUAAGAAAUCGAAGAUCGAAUAAUCACAUCUAAAUAUGAAUAGGAUAAUUCAUUUAAAUAUAUUAAUAUUAUGGGUAAAAUUAUAGAAAAAAAACCAAUAUCAGAUAUAGAAUAUUUGAUGUUUCCAGAUAUUUUACAUAAACAUAUUGAUGCUUAAUUGUCUUUAAUUAAUGAUAGACUUAAAAAUUUAAAAACUCUAUCACUUUAUCUUACAGAAAUGUCUAAUUAAAUUGAUACAAUAUCAAAAAAUCUAUAAAAAUCAAUAAAGUCAACAUUAUAAUUUAUUUAAGUAAAUAAUGUAAUCAUUCAUGUAGGAUAAAUCAGACAAAGAUAAAUCGAAUUUUAUAAAGCCCAUUCUUUAGGUUUAGGAACUUUUAGUUAAGUAAAAUGAUUAAUAUUCGAAAAAGUAUAAUUAAUAAUCAUAAUUUAUUUUACUCAAAGCUUAAUGCUUAGAUUAAUUAAUAAAAGAACAAAAAAAUUAAGAAAAAAGUUUUUUAAAUAUGUAUUAAAAAAUGUUAAAAGAUUUUUAAGCACUUAAAUAAUAAAUUUUAGAAAAUGAAUAAAAACCAGCAAUAAAAGAAAAUUUAAUAUAAUAAUUAAAAAAAUCUAUUUAAGAUAAUUUUAAUAUUAUUAAAAACUCAGUAGAUUUAGUAAGAGCUAAUGAAUUUACAAGAUCAAAUUAAAUUAUUUAAACAUUAGAAUAAAUUAUUAUUCAUUAUAGUUCAUUUCUAGAUGAAGUCAUAUCUUAUACAAAAUAGUAGGAAGAAAUCUUAAAUUAAAUUUAAGAAAAAAUAUAAUAAGUAGAUUAUGAAAAUAUGAUAAACAUUAAACUUGAUUAAUAAGAGUUAAAAUUUCAAAAGAUAUUUGAGAUGACUGAUGAAAUAAAAUCUAAAAUUGAAACAGCUACAUUGCUUUAAUAAGAAGAAAGUGAAAGUGACGAUGUAAACUUGGAAGAAGGUUCUGUUAAAGUGUCUUAAAAACUAAUUGAAAAAUUUAGAAUAUUAGAAGGAGAUAAGUGUAUUGCCAGUUAUGCAUGUGCAUUUGAUAAUAAAAUUCUUUUGCAAGGUAGAAUGUAUAUAUUUUCAUCCAAAGUUUGUUUUCAUUCAUAUUUUAAUGGCAAAGUAUUUAUUUUUUAAAUAAAAAGACUCUUUUUGGGACUACUGCAUUAGGUAUUCCUUCGAUAGAAAUACAAAGUAUUAGAAGAAUUAAAGCCUAUAUGGUAGACGCUGCCAUAGAAUUUAAAACAUUGAAAGGAAAUUUAGUAUUUGCCAGUUUAGCCAACAGAGAAAGGACUUUGUAUAGUUUGAAAUAAGUAAAAGGAUUAGAAUAAGGAGUUAUUGAAGAAAAACUAGAUGAAGAAAGAAACAUACAACAGGUUUAUAUAGAAGCAUAACAAUUAUCUAAACCUCAGGAUAAAUAAUAAGGAAUUAGAAGUCCUUCACCAAAACCAUAAAAUAUUUCUUUAGAACCUCUAAAUGUGAAAAAUAUAGAUUUAUAAAAUGAUAAAAGUCCUAAAAAUAUAAAUUUUUAAUCAUAAUAAUAAUAACCACAACAAUAAUAAUAAACACAACAACAAUAAUAAUCUAUAGUUUAAUCAUAAUAACAACAAAUAUAAUAAUAAUAACAAUAAUAAUAAUAACAAUAAUAGUAAUAAUAAUAAUAAUAACAAUAAUAAUAAUAACAAUAAUAAUAAUAACAAUAAUAAUCAAUAGUUUAAUCAUAAGAAAUUCCUUAAAUUAAAAUUCUUGAGCCAAUUCAGCAGUUUGAAGAUAAAAAAUCAACAAAUGAACCAAAUUCUCAGAACUAAUAAAAUGAAGAAGUAAAUAAAAUAGAAACAAUUGAAAAAAACGAAUCUCAAUCUUUGAUAAUAAAUACAGAAUAUAAAGAAUUGUCUAAUCCUGCCUUACCUUAAGUUUAAUUUCAAACAGAAUAAAACAAUAGUUCAAAUGAUCUUUUUAAUGAAAUAAUGGUUUAGAAUAAAUAAAAUAGAUUUAUGAAUUAACCUACAAUAGCAAAAUUUAAAACCUAAUUAAAGGUAACUGUAAAAGAGUUUAUAGAUUACUUUUUAUUAGAUACUCCUUAUGAUAAUUUUUUAUCAUUUCCUCAUUAUUAUUAAGUUGUUUUAUGUUAAGAUAGGGAAAUUGAUUUUAAAAAAUAUUAACCUGAACCAUAAAUUGGUCAUAUUUCAAAAAGACCAAUAAAAUUUAUUCAUCCAGUAAAAGAAAAAUAACUUUUUGCUCCAGAUGUAGUUCAUUGUUUUGCAGAAGAUAUUUUAUAUUAUUUUAAUCAAGAUGAAGUUUUAAUAGAAAAAGAUGUAAAAUUUGCUAAAAUACCUUAUGCCGACAGUUUUUGUUGUAGAGUUUUUUGGCAUAUUCAUUAAAUUGAUGGAGGAUGUUAAGUAAAUUAUGGAUUUUAUAUUCAUUUUUUAAAAUCAACUGUUUUUAAAAGUAAAAUUGAAAAUGGUAGUAAAAAAGAAAACACUGAUGUUUGGGAAAAGUGUUUAAAAUAAGUAUAUGAGGAAGGGUAAAAUAAAAUAAUAAUGAAAAGAGCUUAAAAUGAACGAAAAUAACAAAAAACAGAAGAAGAAAUUAAAAUAUAAGAAUUGGAAAUUAAUGAAUCGAAAGAAUCAUAAGUUGAAACAGUUGUAUCAUAAAAAUCAAAAUAAGAAACUGAAUAGUUAAUUCUUGAGCAAUUAUAACAAAAAUCUUAAAUUAUCGAAGAUAAGGAUUAAAAUUAACAAUAAAAUUUAGAAUAAAAUUUAGAAUAAAAUUUAGAAUAAAAUUUAGAAUUAAAUUCAGAAUUAAAUUAAUAAUAAAAUUAAUAAUAUAUUAUAAAAAAUAGAGAAUAGGUAAAAAAAUAACAAUCAGAAUCUGUAUCAUUUGAAGUUAAUUGCAAACUAGAUAAGUUGACUCAAUUAUUCUAUGUAAUGAUUGGGCUUCUAAUUAUUAAUAUUUUGCUAACUAUUGGAAAAUGA